AAGCAUAUGACUCCGAAAACAACAUUAUGUUUGCAGCCGUGGUACCGUCAGGUCAGUGUACGAAUGGACCUCGUAACAUGCCGGCAUUUUGACAUGUUUAUAAAGAACACACACUAAUUGUACCUUCCGUCUUCACCACAGAAGGUUGGACGGGCCUACCUCAGGCACAAGAGUGGCUAAAGUCUGGGUUUCCGAGUGCCCGUGACCAUGGACAGGCGGAGUCUGAUGUGGAUGACCUUCAUGGUGCUGGUGGUCGUCACGGCUGUGUACCUGGUCAUCAUGGAGGACCAGCUGGCCGUGAGGCAGACUCCACAGGCCCAUACCAGUCAGGAUACGGGGGCAGGUGGCAACGCGGGCGCUGCAUGGGGGGAUACGGCCAAAGAGGCCGGAGGUAACCUGGGCGCUGAAUUGGGUGACCCAGCCGCACUCGCCGGCAACAACGCGGGCUCUGUAUGGGGGGACAUGGGCGAAGCGGCAAAGAGCAACGCGGGAGCUGUAUGGGGGGAAGCGAAACCUGCAAAGCUGUGCAUCUUGAAAACUGACACUGUGUUCAUCUACACCCCCGCUUGUGGGUCCGAUGUGGUACAGUCCAUCCUCUUCAGGUUCGGCUACCGUCGGGACCUGUUCGUUGCCCUGCCGGGCAAACCGGGAAACCCGUCCAUCCUGCAGGACCCCAGGUCCGGCGACAUCCUCCGGGAGUACCUCCUGAAGCCGUCAGCAAUGGCCGCGAGGGCGGACUGGGACAUCAACAUCCUGGCCCACAAGGUGCGCUACAACCGCGACGCUCUGCACAAGGUGGUCAACGGCAACGCCAAAUACAUCACCAUCCUGAGAAACCCCUUGGACCGGUUCGAGACGGACUUCGUGGCGUCACACCUGGAGAAACAGUUCGACGUGGAGCAGAGAGAGCACCCGCCAGCGCUGCGGAGGUAUCUGGCCGCUCCGGAGUUCUGGGAGAAGAGGCGCAUGCGCGUGAACUCCCGCUGCACGACCAACUGCAUGGCAGAGGCGUUGGGCAUCCCCGUCCGCGGAAGAGGCGGGAACGCGCUACCUGAACCGGAUGGCAAUGGAGUGAUGCACUACAUCAGUAAGCUCGAGUCAGACUUCGCCUUGGUUCUGAUCUACGAGCAGCUGAACAAGUCCCUGGUGUUGCUGAAGCGGCGCAUGUGCUGGGGGUUCAGGGACAUACUGUACGACGUAAGUCUCCUGGAGCCGCCGGCCACUCAGAGGAACGCGAGAGGCGAGUCUGAGAAACUGCAGUUCAGGCGACUCAACGGCGCCGACCACCUCCUGUACUACCACUUCUACGACAUCUUCAAAGCUAAGGUCGCCGCGGAGGGUGACGACUUCCAUCGCGAGGUCAGGCACUUCGAGCGCGUGUUAGACAAGGUGUCGCUGUACUGCAGUUCUGCUCUAGACGACGUGAGUGUGGCUAACCAGACGGUGGUGUGGGGGAGCGAGUGGGAUGAGGAGUUUGUGGUGACCAGACAGAUGUGCUGGAGUCUGAGGAGGAAGAGAGAGGACUGGGAUAAACUGUUCAGGGAGCGGUACACGCACGGUUCACAGUCGCAGCGUAACAAUUAAAGUGUGGAUAAAGAUGGGUUUGCAGGUGCGUAUAUACUCAAGUCCGGAAAUGUAUGAGGUCCGUAUGGAAGUCUUACCCCUACCACUCUCCACAUGUCGCUGAAAAAAAUUGAAAUUGUACAAAUAUAUGCAUAUAACAUG